CGGAGCCCGGGCCAUGGGGAAAGAACAGGAGCUGCUGGAGGCCUCCCGCACCGGGAACCUGCCCGCGGUGGAGAAGCUGCUGUCGGGCAAGCGCCUCAGCUCGGGCUUCGGGUCUGGCGGCGGCUCCGGGUCCUCCGGGGGAGGCGGCGGCGGGGGAGGCGGCGGCGGCGGCGGGCACCCGCUUUCCAGCCUCCUCAGCAUUUGGAGAGGACCAAAUGUGAAUUGUGUUGAUAGUACUGGAUACACUCCAUUGCACCAUGCUUCCUUGAAUGGUCACAAGGAUGUAGUGGAAGUUCUGUUGAGGAAUGAUGCAUUAACAAAUGUGGCUGACUGCAAAGGUUGCUAUCCUCUUCAUUUGGCAGCUUGGAAGGGAGAUGCUGAGAUAGUGAAACUGCUAAUACACCAGGGACCAUCUCACACUAAAGUGAAUGAGCAGAAUAACGACAAUGAGACAGCUCUGCACUGUGCAGCUCAGUAUGGUCAUACAGAGGUGGUGAAGGUUCUUCUGGAAGAGCUAACUGAUCCUACCAUGCGCAACAACAAGUUUGAGACACCUCUUGAUUUGGCUGCACUCUAUGGGAGAUUGGAGGUUGUGAAGAUGUUGCUCAAUGCUCAUCCCAAUCUUCUAAGCUGCAAUACUAAGAAACACACCCCCUUACAUCUGGCAGCUAGGAAUGGUCAUAAAGCUGUUGUGCGUGUUCUUCUGGAUGCUGGCAUGGAUAGCAAUUACCAGACAGAAAAGGGCAGUGCUUUGCACGAGGCUGCUUUGUUUGGCAAAACAGAUGUGGUACAGAUACUGCUAGCUGCAGGCAUUGAUGUGAAUAUAAAGGAUAACAGAGGUCUGAUGGCUUUGGAAAUUGUGAGAGAACUUCCUUCUCAGAAAAGCCAACAAAUAGCAGCUCUCAUUGAAGAUUGUACGACUGGGAAGAACACUGCCAAAGCAGAAGAAAAGAUAUCAGCAUUAGUUAUUUCUACUGAUGCUCCAGUUCGGGUACCCCAAGGGAAUGUGGAAAAAGUAACAGAACUGAUCGGAGAUUUUGAUGGAAAGCAAGAAGAGUGUCCAUAUGAAGUUCUAUACAAUGCCACAUCCUGCCACUCUUUGGACAGUCUGGCCAGUGGAAGAUCAUCAGACAGAGACUCAGUGACUAGGGACGUGGAGAUGACCAGUGUUAAAGGGACUGGAAUGAGGCCUAGAGAACGCCCACCCCCUCCUGCCAAGCCUCCCCCUGAUGAAGAGGAGGAGCUUGAAGAGAAGAAGCAGACUGCGUCUUCUAAGGGUUUGGUCACUAAGAGGAAGAGCAGGGGAAGCACGGCAGAUGAAGAGGAAGAGCAUCCUUAUGAGCUGUUGCUAACAGCAGAAACUAAGAAGCAUAUUGCCAUGGACAAAAAAACAAAAGACGAGAGGAGGAGCAGCAGUAACCACAGCCAAGGAGAUGCCCAGGAUGUCCAAGUACUGGAUCAGUUCUCAGGUCUACUUCACGGUUCUUCUCCGGUGUGUGAAAUAAAUGAGGACCCUUUCAGACUCAUCUCUGCUGUGGGUAAAGGAAGUACAGAGGGGACUGCUAUGCAGCCGGAAGAUGUUGACGCAUCUGGAACGGUACAGACUAGCACUGCAGACCAAAAUAAAGUGGUCUAUUCAACCAUCUGCCAUAUAAGUGACAAACUGGAUCCUGAAACUUUAGCACGUCUUCACUUUCCACAACAUCCUGCUGGUGCUGAGGAAGGAGACAAGAGCAGUGCUGUGGGCAGAGUCAAUCCAGGAGGCAAGCCCAGAUCAGAACUCAAACUUAGCCGUAGCUUGUCAAAAUCGGACUCUGACCUUUUGACCACCUCACCAACCGAAGAGGAUACUAUGGGGAGCAGAAGUGAAUCACUUUCCAAUUGUAGUGCUGGCAAAAAAAGGCUGGAGAAAUCACCUUCCUUUGCUUCAGAGUGGGAUGAGAUUGAGAAAAUCAUGAGCUCCAUUGGUGAAGGCAUUGACUUUUCUCAGGAGCAGCAGAGAAUUUCAGGUUCACGGAUGCUGGAGCAGAGCGUUGGGGAGUGGCUGGAGUCCAUUGGCUUGCAGCAGUAUGAGAGUAAACUGCUUCUCAAUGGCUUUGAUGAUGUCCGAUUCCUGGGCUGUAAUGUUAUGGAAGAUCAGGAUCUUCGGGACAUUGGUAUUAGUGACCCACAACACCGCAGAAAACUUCUCCAGGCAGCGCGUUCUCUUCCUAAGGUAAAAUCCCUGGGCUGUGAUGGGACUCAGCCUUCUGUUCCUGCUUGGCUUGAUUCCUUGGGUCUGCAGGAUUACAUCCAGUCAUUUCUGUCGAGUGGCUACAGCUCUAUAGACUCUGUGAAAAACCUCUGGGAACUAGAACUAGUCAAUGUGCUCAAGGUAAUUCUUCUUGGUCAUCGUAAGCGUAUAAUAGCUUCCCUGGCAGACAGGCCAUAUGAGGAACCUCCACAGAAACCACCACGUUUCUCUCAGCUAAGGUGCCAGGAUUUGAUGUCCCAGACAUCCUCACCGCUGAGCCAGAGUGACUCCUGCACAGGGAGGUCUGCAGAUCUCCUGCUACCUUUAGGGGAUACUGGAAAGAAAAGACAAGAGAGUAGCCGAGACAUUGCAUCUUACCCCAGAGCUGACAGAAUCAAGACACAGGAGGAAUGCCGUGAACCCAAACUUACACUCAGACCUCCAAGUCUGGCUGCUCCUUAUGCACCUGUGCAACACUGGCAACACCAGCCAGAGAAGCUUAUAUUUGAGUCCUGUGGGUAUGAAGCCAAUUAUCUUGGGUCCAUGCUAAUCAAAGAUCUUCGUGGGACAGAGUCUACCCAGGAUGCCUGUGCAAAAAUGAGGAAAUCAACUGAACAUAUGAAGAAGAUCCCAACUAUAAUAUUAUCCAUCACUUACAAAGGAGUGAAGUUCAUAGAUGCAUCUAACAAGAAUGUUAUUGCUGAGCAUGAAAUCAGGAACAUUUCCUGUGCUGCCCAGGACCCAGAGGAUCUCUGUACGUUUGCCUAUAUCACCAAGGACUUGCAAACCAGCCACCACUACUGCCAUGUCUUCAGUACUGUUGAUGUUAAUCUGACAUAUGAAAUCAUUCUGACACUGGGUCAAGCAUUUGAAGUAGCCUACCAGUUGGCCCUGCAAGCCCAAAAAUCAAAACCUACAGGUGCUCCGACAUCUGAAAUGGUAGAAACAAAAUCUUCAAAACCGGUGCCUAAACCUCGAGCCAGCAUGAGGAAAUCAGCACUGGAGUCAUCUGAAGUGGACCAAGACUCUCAAUCCCAUGCUAGUGUGUCCUGGGUUGUAGAGCCCAAGCAGGAUUCCAAGAGGACCCUCAGCACUAAGUAUGAGACUACUAUCUUCUGAAAACCAAUCCUGCAUCCAUCCAGUCUAACCGUGCCUUUGCAGUCUGAUCUGUCUGCUCUUCUAAACCCCUCCUUCCUCCCACUGCUGGCAAUAGGCUUGACACCAUCAGAGACAGCAGCACUAGGAUACCAUAAACUAAACAGCUUUUUGUAUCUGCUUUCUACUGAACACUGUGAAUUCUGCUAACUCGGAAACAAGGGUAACUCACUGAAAGAGCCACCUGUUUAAGAGUCCUGUGAGGUGGGAGAAACAAAGCCAGUGGGAGUCGAAUAUAUGGAUUUGGGAAAACAACUGAUGUUUGUUGACUUUCUCUUCAUUUUUGACACUGUGAAUUUCUGGGGUGAAGUAACACUCCACAGGCCUUUUCUAUUUAGCAUUCUUAUUCUUGGACUGUUCUAGAACUUUGGUCUCCAUUAGGUAUAUGCUGUCUCGAUCUAGAUUUAUACCUCCAUACUGAGCCAUGGCCGCAAACUGUUCCAACAAGUAGUGUUCUUUUAUCAUCUCAGAAGACACUAACCACUGUGAUACUGCUUGCAAACCUCUUGCUCACCAGAUUUCCUAGCAUGGAUCCUACUCAGUCUGCUGCCCCUGGAAACCUCAUUGCAUGGUAUAAUAUAUAAGCCUACUAGGCAGUGU